AUGGCAGUCCAGCAAGCAAACACUCUCCAAUUCGACCUCCUCAACAGAUUCCUCAGCUGCCCCGACGACAGCCAAAGAAACUGGUGGCAAAGAACCGGCCCUUUACUAGCCAGUUUGAUGAGAUCAGCAGGAUACGACGACCCAACCCAAUGCCAAUACCUCAUGUUCCUUUACACAUGUAUCGUCCCAUAUCUAGGACCAUACCCUCAGACCUUCCCCAGCGCCAUGACCCACAACGAACUUCCACUAGAACUCAGCAUCAACUUCCAGCAGCUAGGCGGAGCGAACCCCGUUAUUCGGAUCGCGUUGGAACCUGUAACCUCUAUUUCGGGGACAAAGAACGACCCAUACAAUCUGAGCCCGAUCCAUGAUUUUCUCCAUCGUUUGGAAAAUCUCAACCUUACAGGAUACGAUAAUCGUCUUUUCGAGCACUUCUAUCCCAAACAUAUCUUGAACGAAACCGAGGCCAAGCAGCUACAAGCUAAGAACGAGACAGUGCGUGAAUUGUCCCAGGUGUCUUGGGGGUUUGAUCUCAAGCCGGGGACCAUCUCCGUGAAGGGAUACACGUUUCCGUUAUUGAAAUGCCAUGCCACGGGGCAGGAUAUGUACUCGGCUAUUAUUGGAUCCGUGCAAGAGUACCUCGGGGAUUCAGACACCCAUGAUACUCUGGGCUUGAUGAAGGAAUAUAUCGAAACGACGGAUACAAGGGAAACCUUCGGAUUUGUCUACUCGAAUGACUGCAUUGUUCCCGAACAAUCCCGUCAUAAACUGUAUGGUCGUACCAAAGACAUGUCCUGGGAAAAGGUUCGGGAAAUCUGGACUCUGGACAGGCGCGUUGACACGCCCGAGUCUACCAGGGGCCUUGAGUACCUUCACCGGAUGUGGGAGAUGUUGCAAAUUGGUGAUCGUCCCCAUCCACUUGGUCUUCAUUUGGUGUGGAAUUACGAAAUCAAAGCUGGUCUUACGCUUCCGGCUACCAAGAUUUAUUUCCCGCUUUAUGGCCUCAAUGAUCGGGAGAAUGUUCGUGCCAUUGCCGAAUAUCUUACGGAAAUCGGACUGGAUGCGUAUGGGAAUGCCUACGAACAGGCUGUACGAGACAGUUUUCCACGCCUGGAUAUAAAUGAAACAGAUCGCCUGCUUUGCUGGGUGUCAUUCGCGUAUACGGAGAAGACGGGUGUGUAUCUUAGCGUUUAUUAUCAUUCUUCGCUCGAGUAUCCUUGGCUUGAGAAGAAGACUUCAACUUGA